UCUCUUGUUUCCCCAUUCACAUUUCACCGCUCACACCUUCCCCACGAACUCAUUUCGAAAUGCACGUUGAGAAUAAAGUCGCGAUCAUCACCGGUGCCUCGUCUGGCCUGGGCAAAGCACUUGCAGAGCGUCUUGUCAGCAAAGGAGCCAAGGUCAUUCUCGGAGAUAUCGACAAGAAUGAUGGCCUCCGUCUCGCCAACGAAUUGAACCAGGGAAAGAAGGAAGAGGUUGCAUUCUUCGUCCAAUGCGAUGUGACCAAAUAUGACCAACAAGUCGCCCUCUUCGACGCCGCAAAGAAGCACUUUGGAGGCGUCGACAUUAUCGUUAACAACGCUGGCAUUGCCGAGAGCGCGCCUCUGUGGGAAGAUGAGAAGGGUCUUUGGAAGAAGGUCAUCGAUAUCGAUCUGUCCGCGGUGAUCGAGGGCACGCGCCUGGGUAUUCAGGCUCUCCAAAAGCAGGGUCGUGGAGGCGUGAUCAUCAACACGGCCUCACUUGCCGGAUUAUACCCCCAGGCCUUGACACCGGUGUAUUCGGCUGCAAAGUUUGGAGUCGUCGGACUUACGAGGUCGUUCAAGGAAUUUGACCCAAGCAUUCGUGUCAAUGCUAUUGCACCUAGCUUUGCACCCACCAAGAUCAUCGAGCCGCUCAAGGAAGUGCUUUCCAAAUUUCCUUUGGUUGCCGUAGAGACAGUUACAGACGCAUUUAUGUUGCUGAUCGAGGACGACUCGUACAGGGGUGAUAUUGCGAGGGUCACGCCUCAGUACGGCAUCAAUGUCUUGGGCAGAGCUGUUGGUGGCGAGGGCAAGGACAAGAAGGCCAAGCUGUAAAAAAAGACAUUGUGUUGAGGUUCAUGAAUGAGGAACCAAUAAAUACGUGAAUGAUCUAUUAUUUUUAAGACGAACGUACCUUGCGCUUCGAUCUAAUUAUUAUUCAUGUCGAGUAUUACUCUGAGGAAGUCUAUUCUGUGCGCAUGAAUAAAAGAUUUGACGCGAGCUAGCCUCAAUCAUAGUCGG